GUCCAAGACCUGGUGGUCUGACUCGUCUGCAACCUGCGCAAUUCGACUCGCUAACAGCUGAAGUCCCGGUUUCAUGGUUCAGCUUUAACUCUCAACGAAGUUAAAGGGACCUUGCUGUACGAGGUGGGGCAGAAUACGUAGCGAUGCGUUCCUGAAAUUGGGGCGUGAACCCUGAACUUAAGCUUUAACUCUCAACGAAGUUAAAGGGACCUUGCUGUACGAGGUGGGGCAGAAUACGUAGCGAUGCGUUCCUGAAAUUGGGGCGUGAACCCUGAACUUAAGCUUUAACUCUCAACGAAGUUAAAGGGACCUUGCUGUACGAGGUGGGGCAGAAUACGUAGCGAUGCGUUCCUGAAAUUGGGGCGUGAACCCUGAACUUAAGGUAGGCACUGCAACCUCAGGCCCACUUAUCCCGUGUAAUGGUUCACGUACACGUGACUAUAUCUCAAGUUAGUCAUCGGGUUUGGUCACACAAUAAUAAUGACACAUUCCUGUUCCCACUUCAUUAUUAUUAUUGUUGUUGCUGUUCUUGUUGUUGCUGCUGCACCCAGUCUAUUUUUAUCAUGGGUGCCCCUUCAGCUGUCAUCGAACUGCAGCCUCAACCCAGCUCCUCGGGUAAUAAUAGUUGCCAUAGUAGUAACCAGGCUUCAAUCAUCGAACACUGCCACUUAUCUGUUGAUGCGGACAUUCCUCCAACUGCGGUUGCGGCCUUGGAAAAAUGGAAUAGCCCGCGCUUAAAUGUCUACCGCACUUUCGCGACCUUCUGGAGCUUCUUUGUGAUGGGAGCCAAUGAUGCUGCCUAUGGCUCUUUAAUUCCCUAUCUAGAGUCGUACUACCAUCUGUCCUACACCGUCGUGUCGCUGGUCUUUCUUUCUCCCCUGGUGGGAUACAUGUUGGCUGCCAUCGUCAACAAUAAGAUCCACGUGACACUCGGCCAGCGAGGAGUCGCUGCCAUCGGCCCUGCUUGCCAUGUCAUUGCCUACGUGAUGAAUUGUCUCCAUCCUCCCUAUCCCGUGCUGGUGGUGAGCUUCGUCUUCGCCGGGUUCGGGAAUGGACUGCAGGAUUCGGCCUGGAAUGCCUGGGUUGGCAAUAUGGCCAAUGCCAACGAAUUCCUCGGCCUGCUGCAUGGGCUUUACGGUGCAGGUGCCGUGCUGAGUCCAUUAGCUGCUACAUCUAUCAUUACCAGGGCCCGUCUGGGCUGGUACUACUUCUAUUAUAUCAUGUUAGGAUGCGCUGUGGUCGAACUUGCUGCCUGUCUAGCUUGUUUCUGGACUGCUACCGGCGCCGCCUUCAAGCAAGCUACCGCUCGAUCUCAUGGCGACAGCGAGAGAGGGGGUCUCAAGACGGCCCUUUUCAAACGUCCCUCGGCCAGGGUAACAUGGAUCUGCUCCAUCUUCCUCCUGGGGUAUGUCGGUAUCGAAGUGGCUCUGGGUGGGUGGAUCGUCACUUUCAUGAUCAAGGUCCGUCACGGCGGCGCCUUUGCCAGCGGCAUGACGGCCACUGGUUUCUGGCUGGGCAUUACAGUGGGACGGGUAACUUUAGGCUUCGUGACGCCCCGCAUUGGAGAAAAGGUGGCCAUUGCGGCUUAUAUCCUAUGUGCGAUGGCCUUCGGCCUGGUCCUGUGGCUUGUACCUCAGUUCUACGCGUCCGCGAUUGCCGUGUCCCUGCAAGGCUUCUUCUUGGGUCCGUUAUUUCCCGCAGCGGUAGUCAUGACAACGAAACUCCUUCCGCGACAUCUCCACGUGAGCUCCAUCGGGUUCGCGGCCGCAUUUGGAGGAGCGGGUGCUGCGGUUCUUCCCUUCCUCGUGGGCGCAAUUGCACAGGCUAGGGGCGUGGAGGUUCUACAGCCAUUUAUUCUGGGAUUGUCCGGUGCUAUUUUCUUGCUUUGGUUGGGUUUGCCGCGGGUGUCCAAGCGGAAUCUACUGGACUGAUUAGCGAACAAUUUUAAAAGGAAACCACUUCAAGAUCGCAUUGCGCUGAUCAUGAAUGCGUGUUUACAAACCAUGGCUGGGAGUCUCCUUGGCUUUUUUCUAUGGCCCUCUUGGUCUGUAGAAAGAAAGCCAUGUUAAGCAAUGCACCACUUCUUUGAUUUACCCUGUUCCCUAUUACUCCAGUAUCGGCCACAUGGGCUUGCCAUGAUCAAGGCAUUUCGACAGUCGGACAGAAUGCGUAGAUCGGCAUGGUGGCGACUGGGCAGAUUAUCUGAUAGCCAUUAGAAUCCGGAGCCUGCUAAUAAC